AUGAAGAUUUUUGUACUUGUGCUGUUACUGCUAGAGGUCUUAAGAGCAAAUCUGUGUGAGACGGAUGAACAGAAAAUGGGAGCAGCAGUGGUAGGGGUGUUUGGGAUACCUGGAGCGAGUUAUUCGUACUUGCUGGAUGUACUUGAGGAUAAAGGAAGAGAAGUGCUGAACUUUAUUGGAUAUUUUAAGCAGGGGAUUAAAUAAAACUGUGGUUUUUCAGUCGGAUUAUAGGUUUGGGGUUGUGAGAGUGAUGACUUAUGAUUUUUAUUGAUUGUACCGUUCAGGAGCUAUUGAUUCAGAACGGGGGUUUAUUUAUAUCCAAGAUCUAGAUAAUUCUAAAAUAUAUGAGAUCCAAACUAGCAACCUUGCAAUAACCAAAGAGCUGUCAGUUAUUUCAGGGGUUAUUCAUUUUGAUGGAAAUUGUGUUUUUAAGGAAUUUUUAUACGCGAGUUUCAGGAUUUCCUCAGUAAUGGAAACUUGUAAGUGGGAUGUUGGGACUACUAAUCUUGACUGAUUAAAUUUUGGGGUGGGUAAGCAUGCAAAUUUUAUGCCAAUCAAUGAUGAGCUCUUGUUCAUAGGAUCACCUGAUACAGCUUUAGAUCAGUACUAUCUAAUUGCUUAUAACUUCUCGGAUGUUAUAAACUUGGUUUGGAAGAAGAGCAUAGGUUGCCCAACAACAGGUUGAAUAAAUAAAGCAAGCUCUUCUAUUUUAAACAAAGAUGAGAGUUCAAUAUAUACAAUGAUUUUAUAUGAUUCAAAUUUCUUAUUUUAUAAGCUAAAUACUACUGAUGGAUCUCCUCAAACCCCUGGCUUGAUCUGGAGCGAUAGUGGUUUCUAUGACAGCUAUUCCAUAAAAGAAUUCAAUAAUUUUGUUGUUGUCCAAAUUCGUAGUAGUGUUUUGGCAAACUACAAAAGACUUAUUUUGAUCGAUAUUGAUGAAAUAAAUGUGUUAAAGGAGUUUAAAUCUAUUGAUUCAUUAUCUUAUGGAGUUGGAAGGGUAAUAAGUAAAGGAGUAGAGUUCAUGUAUCAUUGAGGACAAUAUAGUUCUAAUUCUACAUUGUUCUUUGCAAGAACUCCUACAAACAAUAUUGACCAGCUCUCAGAAUUUCAGCAGGAUACUCCUCUCUUCACCCAAAUUUCAUCCAAUUACCAAGUCUCUUCAACAAACUCAAGCCCUACCUUGACUUCUAGCACAAUGACCCUUAUCAUAUCAAGUUCAUCUACAGUGACAGCCACAGACAUCACAUCGACGACUACUCCUUCAUUCACUACUUAUGUUGCUCUAUGGAAUGACGACCAUGUCCAGUCUGUUCAGAGCAACUCUCUGGUCAAAGUUGACUUCACUUGGGCCUGAGCCCAGCCUGUGAACUACACAGACAUUUCGUUUAGCCUGGCACAAACUGGGUCUCAUUAUAUUCCGAAGUGGGUGCAAACAAAUGUGGUUAAGCAAGAACUUGAAGUCCACUACAAACAGUUUGAGAUCACUGUCGAAGAGUGCAACAUCCAACACUGCACAACUUGACAACUCGGAAACACAAGUUUGUGACAGACUUGAGAAUCCAAUUUCCAAGUGUCUGAGAACCAACAGUCUUGAUCAGAGACUCCAAUCGCCGAACAAGAAGUUGAAGCCCAAGUUGCUACAGCUUCAACUGCAUUGGUAGCCUCAGGCGCAAUCAUUGCAAGUGCUUCAUCGUUGUUGUCACUGUCAUCGGUCAACUCGAUCUUCAGUACCAUGAACAGUCUACAGCUUGCAAUAUUGCUGCCUGCGGUCCCAGAGUAUUUUCCACAGAAAGUGUCUGAUCUGAUCAAUGGAAUGGGGUUCUCAACAUUCUCGUUCGACUUUAUGAGUCUCAGAAGCAUUCCGUUUGUUGAAGCUGUUUCGAACUGGAUGGCAUAUCCACAAACAAAUGAGUAUUUCGUGACACUCGGGAUGAGCUCAGGUAGCUCAUUGGUGAACUUGCUGUCAAUUUUAGGAACUAUUUUUCUAAUCUGAAUCAUCCAUUUCUGGAUAACUUUAUUACACAAAUGAGGGAGCAAGUCUGAGAACAAGCGAUGCACAAAAAUAUGCAAAAAACUAUUUCGCUAUUUCACAUUCAACAUAUAUAUCAGAAUACUUAUUCAAUCAUUUAUGUUUAUUUCACUGUGAAUUCUGUCUGAGCUACAUGCUCAGAAACUUCAAACAACUCCGACUCAAGUUUCCUUUGCCGUUUGAAUUGUGUUUGGAGUUUGCUGAAUACUUUUUGUGCUGUCUUCUCUUUACAUGUAUUCUAAGUCAUUCUCCGAUUCUGAAUCGCUAAAGUAUCAAUCAUGCAUGGAGUAUUUCAAUGGAGUUAAACCCACAAAGUUUGCGAAGCUCUACUCAUGCUUGUUUAUGUUAUUGAGGGUGUUCUGAAGUUUCUUGGCAGCAUGCGGCAAAUCCACACUUGGUUCUCAAACACCCACAUACUUCUAUUUGUCGAACAUUGGCUACUGACUGUACUUGCUGAUUGUCAGGCCAUUCACAAAUCCUCAAGACAACCUCAUCGAAAUUGUCAAUCAGACGCUGUUUUGCUGACUAGCAGUUCCGCUGAUGUGAUUGCGCACUGAGCCAGACUGGACCCCAUUUUAUGAACGCUACUACACUUCAGUUUUCAUGGUGUCUCCACUGAUAGUGAGUUUUAUUUGCUUGAUGUUCUUGGCCAAAACAAUACUCGUUUGCGUCAGAAAGAUGAAGCGAGCGAGGCCAUCCGCAAAUGUUGCUCCGAAGAAUGUCUGAGCUAACGAACAGCAAAAUCGUCAAGAGUCUGAACAAGAUAUUCAAGAUGCUCAAGAAUUUGAUGAAUUCAGACAAAAUCACGAAGAGAGAAAACACAACUUUGAAGAUGGCAACUCAGUGGUCGGCUCAAUGAUCAGGCCAAAUUCCAACAUCAGCAAGAGCAACGCUGAAAUGAUGGACCCUCCAAGAACUUCAAAACUGCAGGGGCUGGAGAGGUUUAGGAGAAGCAGGGUAGACUUCCCAAACAAAGUCGAAGUCAAAAAAAGAGAGUAUUAG